AUGCCUGCCUACGGCACGACCAGCGUUGCCUUUGCCGCAGGUCCCACCAUUGUCUCCACAUUCCUCUCCCACUGUGUUACUUGGCCAACAAGGCGUAGACCCCGGAAUGCUAAAUCUUCCUCGGUUUCCCCAACAAGCCUCGAGACGCUCCCCGGCAACCAGCUGCGCUACGAGGAGGGCCUCAAUGUCAUCCGCCGCUUCCUCGACUUUGCAAGCCGCCACGGUGUCGAGGAAGUCCAGGGCUUCACUGCGCAGCCGGUGCCCGUUCCGCGAUGGGUGCGGCGCAAGGUAGUCACCAUCCCCGAAUCCUUGAUCGCAGAUGCAGCAGACAUCCUCACGCGCCACCUCGAGUCGUACGGCCCCGACGGAAAGGGACUGAAGCUUGUCGGCGGCGGCAAGUGGUGGCAGGUUCGCGGGCGGGUGCUAGAGGGCGAGUGGAUCGAGAUGCGCAAGGACUAUGAGAAACGCAAGGAGGUGAAGCGCAUGAAGCGCAAAAGCUGGAUAGGUUCAUUCCGGGGCCGCUCGGGAGCGGUCAAGGAUGACAGCGGAGGAGAGGUCGUCGGGGACCGCGUCAUCCUCUACAUCCACGGAGGUGCAUUCUUCUUCUCCUCGCUGGACAUGCACAGAUACCAGAUCCAGCGGCAUGCACGCAAAGCGGGUGCUCGCGCUUUUGUGCCAAACUACCGCCUCAGUCCUCAAUAUCCUUUCCCCUGCGGCCUCCAAGAUUCGAUUGCUGCGUACUUGUAUCUCAUCGACCCGCCCCCGGGACAUCACAUGCCAAUCGCGCCCGAGAACAUCAUCUUCAUGGGAGACUCGGCCGGCGGCGGCAUGUGUUUGUCGCUGCUGGUCGUGAUCCGCGAGAUGGGUCUUCCCAUGCCUGCGGCUGCCAGUCUCAUGUCGCCAUGGGUUGAUCUGACCCACUCUAUGCCAAGUAUCAUGGAAUGGGACGGUGGAGACUACAUUCCUAGCGUCGGCUUCCAUUACAAGCCCAGCGAAGUCUGGCCACCGAUUCCUGGAGAUGGGAUAAAGGUUGAGCUGGACGGCAAGGAUGUUACUGUCGACGACCAGAUCCAGCUCUACUGUCCAAACACACUCAUCACCCACCCACUUGUCUCUCCCAUAAACAAUGGAUCUCUUGGUGGCCUGUGUCCUCUAUACAUCUCAGUAGGUGGCGCCGAGCUCCUACGCGACGAAAUCAUCUACGUGGCGCACAAGGCCUCCCACCCCACGCUCUACCCGCCGUCGGAGGCGACCCUCGCCGAGUACCCCAACGAGGCCGCCCUCGUGGACAAGUACCCGCCAACCUAUGUCGAGAUGCAAGUGUUCGAGGGUGCAUGUCACGUUGCUACCACACUCGCGUGGACGCGCAGUGCCAAGCAAAUCUUUAGAGGGACAGCAAACUUCAACAUUUGGGCGUUCAAGGACGCAGCGCAGAGCCGCGGCUCGCGAGCCAUGCCGUCGAGGGCAAAUAGCGCGCCCGACUCAGCACAGGAGAUGGGCCUCUCAAUGAGCUCUCUGGGCACGACCGUAGCCCCGCCAGAGCCCUCACGACAUAGUAGCACUGCAUCGGAACCUAUCUGGGCAGUUUGGAAGCGGAAGCGCUCGGUGGACGUGUCGAUUCUUAAUGGUGGGAAGGACACACAGACUUCACCACUCUCUGAACGCGCUCCAGGGCCAUUGGCGAGCGAACCCACAUCUCUUCCCAUGUCGCGAGGCAAUUCGGGCUCUGAAACGGACUUGGAGGAGGGGCCGCCGACCUCGAGCGAUGAAGAGCCCACAACGCCAACUGGUGUACACUUCCAGCACACCCAGCAUCCUGUUCGAGAGCACAUCCGGGUCCGGGGCUUGCGGCCAGCAUGGGUGGACAGUCACUUAGUGGCGGAGCGUGUGAGCAUACACGGACGCAUCACGCCGAUGGAGCAGGACGGCAUCCCGGCACUCGACCCAACAUUACGGCCUCACAUCGGGCGGGUCACGAGUGCAGGACCGAUCCAGACGUGGAUCAACAAGCGGGCCGUCUGGGACAAGAAGUACGCCAAAGAGUUGAAGAAGUAUCGCGACCUGCGGGCGGCCGACCGCGAGGAGGCCGAGAAGCAGGGUUUCCUGACCCGCGAUCUUGCUGGCGAUCGCCCGCCACUGGCCGCGCUGGCCGGCCUCGCGAACCCCGACCUCGCCAAGCGGGUAGGCAAGAGCGUCGACGCACCGACGCAUCGCGAGUCCAAGGCCAUAGCUCUAUGGGCCCACCUCGCCGAGAAACCUGAUGUCGACGCCGUCAACCGCGAGCGGAAGAGUGGUGAGGAGGACAGCGCGACCAUGGAGAAGCGGAGCGAGGCGGGUCGCAGUCCUGCGCAGCGCGCUAGUGUCGCGCUAUCUCGCCGGUCUGUCGACCUUGGACGGCGGAGUGUUGACAAGGAGCGCAGGAGCUCGGACAUGGGCCGCGGAAGCGUCGACGGGUGGGCAAGCGGUGAUGGUCACAAGAUUGUCGACGGACGGAUGCCGGACAGCGAGGAGACGGUCAAGGAACAGCCGACCAGCACUCUCGACGUCAAGCCGGACAAAGAUCUCGAAACCAAGCUCCAGCGCCUGGCCGUCUAG